UCUACACGUCCAAUUACAGGGCUCGAACAACUAACAACCCAUCAUGUUGUCACGAUCAGUAUGGAGGAAUAUGGGUUAUAACGCACGGCGGAGAGUGGGCGUUGCCGAGGCUUCCUACCGCUGCUUUUCGUGUACCCGGCGAGCUCAAGCGGAUUCUAACAAGACCAACCAAGAUGAACGGAUGACCCAUUUUGGCUUUACCAAUGUUCCCGAAUCCCAGAAGGAGUCAAUGGUUGGAGCGGUCUUCAGCUCAGUUGCUUCUUCCUACGAUGCCAUGAACGAUUUCAUGUCGCUCGGGAUCCAUCGUCUAUGGAAAGAUCAUUUUGUUCGCACUUUAAACCCUGGAUCAGCAUUACCGUCGCGUGAAACCGACACAACGGGGAAGGGAUGGAAUAUCCUGGAUAUCGCCGGCGGGACAGGCGAUAUUGCGUUUCGCAUGCUGGACCACGCAACCAAUAUUAACCAUGACCAUGAGACCCGUGUCACAAUCGCCGAUAUUAACCCUGAUAUGCUUGCGGAGGGCAAAAAGCGGAGCAUACAGACCCCCUACUACAACACGAAUCGACUAUCUUUCAUGCAGGGCAAUGCGCAACAGAUGCCUGACAUCCCCGAUAACUCAGUCGAUCUCUAUACAGUUGUCUUUGGUAUUCGCAACUUUACGGAUAAGCAAGCCGCCUUAAAUGAAGCGUUCCGGGUGCUGAAACCCGGCGGUGUGUUCGCGUGCAUGGAGUUCAGCAAGGUAGAGAACAGUGUAUUCAAUGCGGUCUACAAGCAGUGGAGUUUCAGUGCCAUCCCCAUGAUCGGCCAACUAGUGGCGGGAGAUCGGGACAGCUAUCAAUAUCUAGUGGAGAGUAUUGAGCAGUUCCCCAGCCAGGAAGAGUUCCGGGGUAUGAUCCAGAAGGCCGGGUUUAUGAUCCCUGGCCGAGGAUUUGAGAAUCUCACUGGCGGGAUUGCAGCAAUUCACAAGGGGAUCAAGCCUCUUCCGAAGGCUUGAAAGUUAAACGGUUUCGCGGAUGGGAAAAAAAACUGUAUAGUAGUAAUCUCCUAAAAAGAUGACAGUGUAGCAUUAACAAACAUAUCAACCACAUACACUUACUAGUACGGGGAUCUGCAAAAGCGUCAGCAGAUGUGGCGAUGGUGUCAUUUUACGGAAGGGAUUAAAGCCGAGACACGGAAGGCGCACGAUUGGGGGGAGAUGUUUCAUAGUAGAGGAAUAAUUGGUGUGCAGUAAAACCAAAGGAAGUCCGAUCUGUAUCUCCGAUGUUCUUUAUCGCCCCUCGAUUGAAUAAAUUAGUCAACAAUUUCCUCAUCCACUUCCCAAACUCUUCCCCGC